GGGCGGGGCGGGGAAGCGCUUCCGGGUCCGGCCGGGCUGCGCUGUCAUGUGACAGAGGCUUAAAGGGGAAGCGGCGGAGCCGUGCGGGUGGGCGCUCAGGGUUGCGGGCUCUGGGUAGCGACUUCCCCCCCCACCCCCCCCCCCAUCAGGCCCGCGGAGGUGGCGGAGCGCCGGCAAGGCCCCAGCCAUGGCCGAUGACCUGAAGAGGUUUCUGUACAAGAAGCUGCCGAGUGUUGAAGGUCUUCACGCUAUUGUGGUCUCAGAUAGAGACGGCGUCCCUGUUAUCAAAGUUGCCAAUGAUAACGCUCCAGAACAUGCACUGCGACCUGGCUUUCUGUCCACCUUUGCCCUUGCCACAGAUCAGGGCAGUAAACUAGGACUUUCUAAAAACAAAAGCAUCAUCUGCUAUUACAAUACGUACCAGGUGGUGCAGUUCAAUCGCUUACCUUUGGUAGUAAGCUUCAUUGCCAGCAGCAACGCCAAUACUGGGCUGAUUGUGAGUUUGGAGAAGGAGCUCACGCCCCUAUUUGAAGAACUGAGGCAGGUUGUUGAAGUUUCUUAACCUGAUGGUCUAGCCAGAGUGCAGCAUCCCUCUGCAGCCCAGUGGACAGAAAGAUUCAAUAAUCCUCAGUCAAAUAACACGUCUCGGAAGAAAUACCACAGCUCCUUAGUAUACUAAGUAAGAGUAAAUUGUACAUAGUACUGAAUCUGAAAUGAUCUACUAGUGUGUUGUAGGUGGAUGUUACUUUAGGCCAUGCUUCUUGUAUUGUGCAGUACUGGAGAGACCACCGGCAUAGCUCCCAUGGAGUUUAGCUCAGCCAGCUGAGCCAGAUGUGCACGAUGCUCACACGAGCAACCCACAGAUCUCUUGCUUUACAGGGAACCAGGCACGCGUGGGCUUUAUCCUCAGGCCAGCUACCACUACAUGUCGGAAAGCAGAUGGGUUGUAUGGUGUUCUGAAAGAUGUGGUUGAAGGAGUAUUGUGAGAGCAAGUUUACAAGCAGUGAUGUGUUGGUACAAUCAAUAAAUAUCUCAGCUUUCUUACGUGGGUGAUACUUUGGCGAGGCAACGCUACUACUCUGGAUGCUAGCUGCAUCCUGCUUCCAUUAAGAAGAAAACUAUUUCUAUGAAAGCUGUUGCUUUAGGGGUUUUCCUGAUGCCCAGAAAAAAGCACCCAAUAAAUGUCUCACUUCUUCAUGGGUUUUUUGCGUAAUACGGUUGUGAAGAUCUCAUGUCUCAUAGUCUUUGUGUGGGUUCAUCACUGGUGACACUCUCAGCUCAUUUACCCUUAGGUUUUCCUAAGUAAAUAAAUAUAAAUAAAAUACAGUAUUUUUAAAUGACAGAUCCUGGUUCAGUCUUCUGUUGCACUGUAGUACUCUGCUGCACUUCAGCUUUUCUGUGGCGAGAACAGGCCUCAGUGUUUGUAAAUGUACAAAAUCCAGGAGUUUGCAGGCUGAAAACCAACCAGCGCGUCCCUUGGUUGGGGGAUAAGGACACAGAGUCCCGUGUUGGUGCAGAGGUUAGUGCUGGCUGCGAUCCGCUGUUCCUUGCCUGCCCCACCUCGUUCCCUUCCACAUUCCCCUCGUGAUGCCUCCAGUGUAGACAUCCAGCGCUAAAACCAAGCACUGCUGGUGGAAGGAAGAGCUCGUGGCAGGUUUGUGCCUCAGGCUGGGAAAGAGGGCAUCAUCCUCCCUUGCUUACACCUUGACCACCUUCAGCAUCGGGCAGGAUGAGGAGAGAAGGUGGUGCUGAAAAUAAGGACUGGGAAUUCUUGGCUCAGAAGCUCCCUCAGAAAUUAAAAUUUGUCAGUCAACCUGUAUUCCUUUGAAUAAGCUCCUGGGUUCAGUUUUGUUGCUGGUCACUACGGAAGCAGCUGGAAACUGAGCCCCAAGGAGCUUCUGUGUGUAUUUCUGGUAAAACGUGUUCAUGUUCCAGCUAAGGCCUGCUCCUGCUGAGCCUCCGUUCAACGCCUUGGUCUGACUCUGCCUCCUAGAGCAGCCAAACACACUUUCUAUUGAUGGCUUCAGUUCCUGACACCGUGUGCUGAACUUGCUUCUAGUAUUUGGUAGCACAGCCUGUUCUUGUGAAAAAGGGAAGGCUGCUUUUGUGGUUACACUUGGAGCUCCAUUUCCAAGCCGUUUUCAUAGGAGAGUGAUGCUGUUGGAGAAUAUAGUCUCUCUCUUCCCUUUAUCUUGCCUCUCUCUCACACAAACUCAUCAAAGCUUUUUAAUUAAAUGAGAUGCCAGUUUGUUAAACCACUUCUUUAAGGGAGAAAGGAGGACAAAGCUUUAACAGGAAUGUCGAACACAUUAGGUAGUUUUAUAAUGACAUUUUAUUCAGAAAACAGUCUGUAUAAAAAAAAUAUUUACAAAUAUUUUGAAGUUGAAAUAAAAUGCUAUUCUUAUGUUCAAA